AUGCUUCCGGACGAGUUACUGACCAUCCUGAACGAUCAGUAUCCAUGCCGCGAGCUCCAAUUGCGGCAGCUUGCCGCCCUGUACGCACCAUCCCUCCCAAGCCCGUCCGCAGUCGUGGCUCACGGCCUCGAAGCCACAGGCAAAAGCUCAAUCAUCAAGGAUUUUCUCAAGAGCAGCAGAAUCCCGCAUGCGAUCGUCGACUCACGAGAAUGCAUAACUGGACGACAUCUGUUAGAGCGGACUGCGUCGGCCGUCGAUGCCUUGCAGAACUUUGGCGACGGAGAGCUGAAUGCGCCCCUACACAGCAGGACUGAGAACAUCAGCGCGCUAGCUGUGCACCUACAUCGCCUGCUGGAAGGCGCAGGUCGUUUCGUCCUAGUGUUUGAUGGCAUAGACCGCCAGCGCGAAGCACCGCCCACCUUGCUUCCAGCAUUGGCGCGCUUCGGGGAGGUUAUACCCAAUCUCAGCAUCAUCUUCAUCAUACAAGUCCCUUCUCCGCGCCUUCUCCAUAGCCCGGGCGUCCCCCAUAUCUUCUUCGCGCCCUAUACCCGCGAUCAAGCCAUCCGCAUCCUCUCCACCGAUCCACCUUCCAUCUUCCUCGAGCUGCCCUCUCCGUCUGCCGAAUACACCGACGACCUCGCGGCCGAGGACAAUGCCUGGUUAUGGACGCGCUUCUUGGGCGUGGUCUGGGACUCCCUUGCCAAAGGCGCCGCCCGCGAUAUCGUAUCCUUCCGCUCCGUAGCCUUAAAGCUAUGGCGCCCGUUCGUCCAGCCCAUCGUCGACGGCACUUUCGGCACUCGUGACUUCUCCCGCCUAAUGGUCCACCGACGGACACUCUUCCAGAGCGAAGCCGCCCUGCUUGAUAGCAUCAUCCCCAAAGAUCCCGUGUCGACAGCCACCGCCAGAAGCGCAGCAAAGAAUACCACGCAUGACCUACCUUACUACUCCAAAUACCUCCUCUGCGCCGCCUAUUUAGCCUCUUACAACCCCGCCCGUCAGGACCCCAUCUACUUCAUGAAAGCCACCGACAAGCGACGCCGCAAACGCGGUGGAGGUACUGCACUCUCUCGUUCAAAGAACCGCAAGAUACCCCGCCACUUGCUCACGCCCUCGCCCUUUCCGCUCGAGCGGCUGCUGGCGAUCUUCAGGGCGAUUGUGCCGCAUGCUGUUCCGCAGAGCGCGGAUAUCUAUACCCAGAUUGCGACGCUAGCGAGCUUGAGACUGUUGCUUAGAAGCGGCGUCGGAGGAGGUGAUGCGCUGGAUGCGAGUUGUAAGUGGAGGGUCAAUUUUGGAUGGGAUUUUGUGACGGGUUUGGGGAGGAGUGUUGGAUUUGAGGUCGCGGAGUUCCUAGCUGGUGGCGGAGAAUAA